GAAUACUUCUCUAAAAUGAACAGCAUCCCAGAAUUUACAUUUGAGUACAAUCAAGGAUUUCCACAGUGGGAUUUCAGCAUUAAUCAAAGUGAACUGUCCAGGUUUAAUGAAGAAUACGGCACUUUAGACCUUAGUCCUAGCGAUGAUUCUCAGAAGAAGAUGUUUAAUGUACAGACUUUGACAGGUGCUGGCUCUCCACAGUUAAUUAAAUCUCCACCUAAGAAAAGUUAUUCCUUAAGAAAAUAACCCGAAAAGAAGGAUGCAAUGCUUCUUAGGGAAGUCUUCCUUGAAGCUAAGACAAACUCUCGACCCAUCCCUCUUCAAUUCUAAAAGAGGCAAGUACUCAUCAAGGAAAGAUAUUGUUUUGAAGGCAGUCUUGAGGGCAAUAAGAAGAUUCUACAUGAACAUUUUUAGAUCUAGAUAUUCGCCUCUGUUCCUAAGAAAGCUUUCAAAAGCUCCAGACUCAGAAGUCUCUAGAGCAGUCUAUGAGAUGUGAGUUGAGCUAUUCUCGGAUGAAGUUGUCAUGAAAUAUAAGCUUCAUGUUUUCAUGCAGGCUAUGCUUAAUCUGAAGCCUCUGGCAGACAGGCAGGAAUCGAGUCAAGAAUUCAAAAGCGCUAGCAAAGUUCUGAAAUGCUGCAAGAGUUUUUCCUCAAGUGCUUUCAACCAGGUUUGCGAAGACCCAUGAUUCCAGAAAAUUUGUCGAAAAAUCCAGGUCGAUUUCGAGGAAGAAUUCCUAGCCACUCUCAAAAACAAGGAACAAAACUUCGAAAAAUAUAGAAAUAUCCUUUAUAGUCUUUGUGAAUAA